CAGACCUGACUGAUUUGCAGUCAUAUCCACCCUCUUGGACUUCGCUAUCGAAAAAAUCGUCGUCGUCGCCAUUGUCUAGGACGAUCGUCCCGGACAUUGGCUUCCGUUCGCAUCGACAUUAACUUUCCGCACUACGGCCGGGGCUCACGUCUAUUCUGACCAUCGCGAUCGUUGGCCCGACGCUUCCCGCACAUUGGAUGGCUUCCACACUUCAUCCGAAAGGAUUUUAAGCCUUUCAUCGCCUCGUAGCUGGAACCCUUGAGGACUUCGCCACUCGCUCUCCGAGGUGUUAUUCAUCCAGCACCGCCCAAGGCAGGCUUCCGGCGCGGAGGCAAAAGAAGGAAGAUACACCUUCCGGCAACAUCUCGCGUCACCCCGAAUCUCUUCCCAACGCACAGGUCUACGAACCCCCUUGCGGCCUUGAACGCCAGCUCCGCCGGAUCAGAGCCGGGCCAGCAAUCACAGGCUUUCAGCAUGGAUUCUCUUCUUUCCAGCUCGGUGCGGUCGUCGCACAUUGCGGACAGCCGCCUCCUUUCAAACCUCAUCCGUUCCGAGAAGGACCAUGUCUCGCACCUAUCCUCCGUAGUCGCAGUCUCACACGCUGCUGCGUCUGCCCUGGCAGCGUGGGGCACCUCCGAGGUCUCCGACGUCGCUGCUACAAGCGAGGAGCUCUCCCGCCUCCUGCAUGAAAUUGCCGAGGCGCAGCGCACCCAUGUUCAAGCCAUCGAGGGCUGUCGCGCGGCACUGAAGGACGUGCUCGAUCGCGAGGCAAGCAUCCGCGACGUUGUGCGUGACCGCGACAUCCUCAUCAACCGCCUGAUCAAGGCAAGCAAGAAGAAGGUCAAGGAUGGCCGCGAAGACACCCGCGCGGAAAAGGUCCACGACGCCCAACGGGAACUGCAGGCUUGCGAACAGAUCUUGGCGUCUGAAGAGGCGGCGCUCAUAGGCGUCAAAAGGCGGACGUUCAAGGAGGCACUGACGAUGCGUAUGAAGACCAUGGGCGAUGUCGGAAACGCCAUGGUGGAAGCUGCUCAGGAAGCCAUACUGCUCCUAGAUGAGUUCGACAGCAACGCAAUGGGUCCGCAAAGCGGCAGAAUCGGUCCCACCUCUGGCGGCGACAUUGGCUAUGCACAGGAUGGCGGGGCUUACCAUGCUUACACUGAUGGCGAGCAAUUCUAUGGCAGGCCAGCGUACGGACAAGAGAAUGAGUAUGACCAGCG